UCUUUGCAGCAGGGGUCCUCCGAGCUGAGGCUAAUGUUUGUUAGCUAACGUGCUAGCUGCAGCUUCGUACGCAGUGAGUCUGAGGAUCAAACAUGAAGCUGGAGGUUCCUCUGUGCUGAGAAUGAACCCCAAACAAGUCAGGGAUGACCUGACGACGUCUGGAUUCUUCGACCUCGUCCUCCAUCACCCCAGCUCCGUCGGGUAGAAGACCUCCCCUCAUCUCUGCGCCUGCUGUCGUGUGAUUGGCCGCCCCGUGAGUCCGCCGGACCCCUCCCCCGUGACGCGCAGCCCGUGUUCCUCUGGCCCCGCCCCCUCACACACAGAGACCAUGUAUUGCCUCCAGUGGCUCCUCCCCGUUCUGCUCAUCCCCAAGCCGCUGAACCCGGCGCUGUGGUUCAACCACUCCAUGUUCAUGGGUUUCUACCUGCUCAGCUUCCUGCUGGAGAGGAAGCCCUGCACCAUCUGUGCCUUGGUCUUCCUCGCCGCCCUCUUCCUCAUCUGCUACAGCUGCUGGGGCAACUGCUUCCUGUACCACUGCCAGGACGCCACGCUGCCGGACGCCGCCCAGGACCCGGCCAUCGUCGGGACCUAGGAGAGAGGAGAGGUGGGGAGAGAGAGUGCAGGAAAGGAGGAAGGAGGGAGGAGGGAGAUACUGCCAUGCUGGAAGAGCGAGAGACACGCUGGAGGCGGAGCUAAGGAGGACGAUCACGCAGGUAUGAGAGAGGAGGAGGAGACGGCGUGCUGGGGGACUCGCUGGAUAGAGAGACAGACGUGACUUUGAGGAGGAGGAGACACAGAGAGGGGAAGAAGGAGGAGGAGCAUCCAAACACGCCGAGGGGGAGGAAUCUGUAAACGUUCCUCUCCAGCAUCAAUUUAAAAACUCUUCUCAAACACGCCACAGGGGGCGCCGACAGGAAGUGAGCGCCGUGUUUCAGUAUUCUGGUUCCUCUCUGACUCGUUUACACGUCAGGACGCCGCUCCUCCUCCUCCUCCUCCUCCUUAGCUCCGCCCCUCAAACUGCCAAACUCUCACGUGAUGGCGUUUCACUGGCGGCCAUGUUUGCUCCUCACACCGACACGCCGCGUUCUUCACAAACAUCAUCACCAGGAAGUGUUUCAAGAUCUCUCUGCCCCGACACCCACACACACUCUGCAGCCAUUAUGGCUACACACACACACACACACACACACACACACACACACACACACACACACACACACACACACACACACACACACUCACACACACAGGACAAUCAAUAGGUAUGCUGUGAAGACUCUCUCCUCUGAAGGUGAACUAAUGCUGAGAGCCUCCUCCUCCUCCUCCUCCUCCUCCUCCUCCUCCUCCUCCUCCUCCUCCUCGUGGAAGCCCCGCCCCCCUCGCCCCCGCCCGUCACGCUCACCGUUGAGUUUCUUCUUCGCUGGUUUCUUGGUUCGUUUGUGUUUCUCGUGCAUGGGUUGCUGUUUAGUUUUUUCAAGUUCACACAAAUUUUAAACGAUUAAAAACAAAAUGCUGAAAGUUUCCAAAGGUUAGAACAACACGUGUGUGUGUUGGUGCGACAGGUGUGUGUGUGCGACAGGUGUGACAGGUGUGUGUGACAGGUGUGUGUUGCUGAUAAAGGUGGAGACGUGCGAGGUGAACACAGUCAGUGCUUCCAGCGACAUAAAGCAAUACACCGCGCUGGACGAGACGUCUCAAUCAGAGCGGCUGUCGUCUCCUCGUGUGUCUCUGCUCAGUGUUUAUACUGUCAGACUGUGUGUGUGUGUGUGUGUGUGUGUGUGUGUGUGUGUGUGUGUGUGUGUGUGUGUGUGUGUGUGUGUGUGUGUGUGUGUGUGUGUGGGCUCUGUCGCAGUGCUGAACACGCUCACUGCUGCAUUAUUGCUUUGGUUUUAAUUUAAAUAAAGUUUUUCCUCUCAAAGUGUUGAA